AUUGCCACGUGCCGCGGAUUCAGUUUGUUUUGAUCUUUCGACAACGUUUUUGAAAUAAAAUUUAUUCUUAAGAUAGUGGCCCCGUCAUGAGCACACAGAAACUGGAGUACGAUGCCCGCAUGGGCGGCAAGAUCAUACUGCCCACGCACGUGUCCACCUACCGCUACGCUGCGGGGGCGGUGAACGAGAUCGAGGGCCUCAUCACGGAAGCCCUGAAUCCCGUGAGCAGCAAACUGAUAUUCCAGUUGCUGCCCAAGCACAUGCGGCGGCGCGCCAUGUCCCACCACCCCAAGCGGCUGCCGCGUAAGUACCGCCACGCCCACAAGAACCAGAUGUGCAAGGGCGGCAAUGACCCGGUCAUCCGGAAGCGUCCCUCGCGCAAAUACCGUCGCCGGCCUGGGAACCUGCUGAAGGAGUACGUGCGCCGCCAGCGAAAGCACAAUUGGCUGGAGACGCACAUCUGGCACGCCAAGCGCUUCCACAUGGUGGACCGCUGGGGCUACCGCCUGGCCAACGCCAGCUGCGACAAGACCUAUCGCGCCUGCUACCGGGCCAGCGUCCAGCACUGUCUGCUCCAGGACAUAUCCUACUACACCUGCGUCGAGUUGCAGGGCAGCCUGGAGGUGCUGCGCAACGGACUCGCUCGCAUGACCAGCCCACAGUGCGGCUUGAGCGUGACGGCCCGAACUUUCCUCACAGGCCGUCGCGAGGGCACUGUAGAGCUUUUCGUCGAUAACAAGUAUCCCCACGGUGCUCUCCAGCGUGCCAACUUCAUGUGGCGACCCCUGGACGAAGGAGAGUCAGCUACGCGAACCCUCUGGCUUUGGCUGCAUCCCAGUGCCGCCCAGGCCACCAUCGAGCAGCUGCUGCGCGUGUUCCAACUGCAGUCCCGGCGGCAGCAGACGCUGCCCCUACAGGAAGAGCCACAGAAGGAGCAAACGGAAAAGCCGCUGCGUUUUUGGACACAGACCAAGGCAUUCGAGCGUCACGCGCACUACUCGCAUGGCAGCCUCCAGCUGCUGGUGCUGCGGCAGGAGUUCAACCGCUUUCGCCUGACGGGACCCCAGGCCCAGCGGGUGCUGGCCUCUAGCCUGCGGGCUCAUCGGAAGGGUCAGCUUGAGGCCCAGUCGACCCAGGCUGACUACUGUGAGGCCGCCUUCCAGCUGCAUUCCCCCAACGAGCUGCUCUCGAACCUCAUCAUGGGCCUCCACAUCGUAGAUCCGCGCCUACAGCGUCCCAGCAAGCGCACCAAGGCGGAACCUCGUGCUGGAGCGGCGCCCACUGGUAGUCUCCUGUUCAGUCAGCCUGAGUGUUUGCCGCGGAGUCCGCUCUGGCAGCGCGAGGAGAGGGAUCGUCUGGCCAGGGAUAUUAUGUCCACCCACGCUUACCAGGAGCUGCGCCAGCAGCACGCUGUGGUUCCCGGACAACCCUGUGCCUUCGAGGAGCAAAUGCAGCCGGUUCCACUGCUGCUGAUCCAGCGUCCCGGCUCCCAGGAUACCAAGUACAAGCGCCUGGGGUACGGCUGCGGCUGGGACGUGAUUGCGCCGGCCAAGUACGGCAUGGCCCUCUGGCUAACACUAACCAUGUGGGGCGCCCGGCCCGGCGGCCUGCGCGAGUUCGAUUCGGUGGCCAGGGAGUCUGGUGGCGAGCAGCAUCUGCCCGACACAUUGGCGGGAGUAAAGCUGGCGUCUGUUGCUGCCGAGGAGCGACGCGCCCGCUACUUCCGUCUGCCGCCCAACAAACGCACCAACUACCGGAAGCUGGCGGUUGCCAGUCCCUUCAGUGCGCCAUGGAAGCACCUGGUGCGAGACUGGCGGACCACUGAUGGUCCCACCAAGCCAGGCAUUGGAUCGUACCAUGUGCUGCGACACCGAGAGCUGCUAGAGUCGAUCGCCGAUUGUCUGCGGCAGCGCCAGCCGCUGCCCGAUGUGGUGCCCGACGACUGCCUCAUCCAGGUCCAGUUGCGUCUAAAGGCGCGCGGACAUGUGAAGGACAAUGCCCUGAUAUGUCUGCCCUCGGCUGCCGACUACAAGCGCAGCUGGCGUCAGAUCAGUCGGAACGAGCAGGCACCCGUCCACAUGGAGCCUCCGCAGCCCGAUCUCAACGAGCGGACGCGCAAGGAGCUUCGCAGUAACCACAAACUCAAGCUGAAGCGCCUGCGGGCUCGCCGAGUACGCGAGAAGCGUCGCCUCCAGGAAACAGCCACCAAGCGCGUCCACAUCCGUGCGGCCAACACGGCGUCGCUGGUCCGAUCCCACCUCCUGGAGAUGUGCCGACUAUGGCUGCCCACAGAUCCCGCCGAGACGCGCGAUAGCGUGCGCCGUCAGUGCAGUCGCGAAGUCUUCGGAUAUGUGACCACAGCCGGCUUCAGUUUCACCGAGGCGACCGUCUGUGCCGUUGGCUAUGUAACCUCCGGCGGCCUGCAGCAGUUGCUGACCAACCUGGAGAACACGAAAUGGCACCAACAACAGCCGAUGUGCCUGGUGCGCGACCCCGACAGCCACGACUAUCGCUGGGCCUCCCUCCAAGUGAAUUUGAAUGUGGCCGUCCAGACCUUUUGAUACGAGAGUAAGCUCAUGGCCAAUGUUUAUAUAUAUUGUUCCUAGCAUAUCCGAGAGCUAUUGACCCGAUUUUUGGCUGCCUUAUAAGAUCCUUUCUGAAGAAUUUGUUUCAAUUGAAUUCAGAAAACCCUAUUGCAUGGAAGCUAUACGUUUUCUUUGGAAUAUUGGGUUUACUUUGAAGUAAUUCAGCUAUUUUUGUGAACAAUUUUUUCCCCAAUCGAUAAAUUAAAGUCUCUCAAGGGUACAAAUUCGUGUGCGGAAAAUAAUUUCUUAUUAUAGGAUGCUGAAAGUCAUAUUGUAGGUAGGGAAAUAAUGGCUAUUUGUUUCGCUUAAAAUAAUUUGUGUAGCUUAUAUUUUUUAGCUUUCAAUAAUUGAAGAAAAUGAAUCCCUACAUUUAAGUGAGUUAUGGUAUUAAGAAGGCAGUUCUGUCAGCUCAGAGAAAUUUAUUGGAUGCCAAUGGGCUAGCAAUUGAUACCAGGAAGAACAGAAAGAUACAGGCCAAAGACCGCUUUCGUUUGGAGAGACAAGGAGAAGAAAAUCUUAUUAAAUCUUAUUUGUAACUUCUAUCUGUAAUUUUCCUUUCAAAGGAUCGAUUAGCUGAAAUAAGCAACGCUGCUGAGUCGAAUAUCGUUGAAAAUAAAAGACAUAUGUGACAUUUGUUGUACAUAUUUAAUACUAA